AUGAAAUCUCUACUUCGUUCGGUGGUGGCCGCACCGAAGCAGUCUCAUUAUGAUAGUAGACUCAAUAUGUAUCUAGACUUAUCAUAUAUAAAUUCACAACUUAUCGUAAGUUCUGGACCAGUGACUGGGUACCUCAAGUCCUUCUAUCGGUAUCCUGUUCUGGACUUGUUGCUAUUCCUCAAUGAGAACCAUUCGAACCACUGGCACAUUUGGAAUUUCAGAGGUGAAGAACCUGGAUACGAAGAUAUUGACGUCUUGAAUAGAGUUAGCCAUUUCCCUUUUCCUGACCACCAGGCACCUACUCUAGAUAUAAUCGUAAAUAGCGUUUACGAUAUAGACCAAUUUUUGCAAACUUCGCCACAAAAUGUGGCGGUACUUCAUUGCAAGGCAGGUAAGGGAAGAUCAGGAUCGAUCUGCUGUGCUUACAUUAUGUACGAUCUCGCCAGAAUGGGGCGGUCGUUCGAAGUUGAUGAGAUCAUUGCAGAUUUCACAGAAAGGAGAAUGAAACAAUUUGCAGGUGAAGGCAUUUCCAUUGUUUCUCAACGUAGAUAUCUUGGUUAUUGGUACAAAUAUCUACAGGCAGAUGAAACUCUCAGAAAUCAUUACAAAGAGCUGCGGCAGACAGAGCCGUUCUUAGACAGAGUACGCAUCAGAAAUGGACCUAUUGAGUCACAAGUGUUCAAAAUGGCACCAUUCCUUGAAACUUAUGAGAAAGUAGACCGAGAAACGACUACUGUCGUAACUAAAGGUAGAGAUAUGACUCUUAUUCCCAUUAAGAAUGCUAGUUUGGGCUUAGAUACAAGAGAUCUACGGUUGAAUAUAAAUGGUUGGUGUUACUCUUGGUUUGACAUUCAGUUUGAGACAAAAGUAGAAAAUAUAUCAAAUGGGGUUAUCAAGAUGAAGUGGAACGAAUUGGAUGGGUUCAAGGGCACAAGACAGAGAGGAGUCAAACUUUUUGACCAGAUCGAGAUCUACUGGCGGUUUUCAUAGAGUCCUAGAGUAUAGAAGUCAUGCUACAUUUUCAAAAGUUUUCAUAGAAGGUAUGCUGAAUUUUGUAUAUCCAUUAAUAGCAGUAUAUAGAUCGGAAGUUAAUGCCUCUUAUUUAGGUAUAAUCUUCAUAAGUGCAUUAACCACCACGUUUUUCGUUGUCGACUUCC